GCCGGCAGAGUGGUUUGGAUGUUGACCUGACCGCUGCAAAUUAAAGUUUACUGUAAACAAGGGUAAGGGGCUGGCUCCGUGGGACUUUGCAAAAAAUAUUUGGGCAUCCAGGUUUGAUAUCUCGUCCAGAGCAGAUUUCACUUUGAGAACACAGCAUUGAAAAGGAAAGAGAAGAGAUGGCUGUACCAGAAGAGAUUCAGCCGUUUAUUGCGGGCCUUGAAGCCGAGAUCGAGAAGCUAGAAUCCAGCAUCUCACACGUAACAAAAGACGGCUUGGCUAAGUACUCUGCAAACCUGCCGCCAUUAGACAGAGCAAAGGCGUGCAUGACACUACUCUAUGCCCUCAACUCGUCUAUAUUCUCCGCUUUGAAGGUGGGCGAGGAGUUCUCCUCGGAUCACCCAGUGAUGAGCGAUAUCCGACGAAUUCAGACGUACAUGAAGAAAGUGAAAAACACAGAGGAGAUUAUCGCUGGACGACAACUGCAAGUCGACAAAGAAGCCGCAGGCCGGUUUAUCAAGCAUGCACUUUCGGGCAACGACGCCUACGACGAAGAAAGAGAGAACAAGAGAGUUGCCAGCGCGUCGAGAAACGUUUUAAGCACUGAGGACAACGCCGCUGCCGUCUCAAAACUACUCGGUGAGAUCCGGAGCGUGUUAGGUUCAAAAACGAACACGAAUGAACCGGUGCAAGAGAGCGCGAUCUCGACAGAUCAGGUUGAGUCGGCAGCUCAGGUUGAGAACUCUGGAAAGGAAGAAGCUAAAGAGGAAGUGAAGGAAGAUAAAGAGGAAAAGAAAGAAGAAGAAGUUAUGAUCCCAUUGACCGAUCCCGAAACCGCUGCUAAGAAGGCCGCAAAGAAGAACAACAAGGCCAAUAAAGGCAAGGGGAAAAACGACAACGCGCAGCAGAAGAACGAGCAGGAUGCCUCUAAUGCUCCAACAAAUCCCAAAAAGUUCACUGGAGGAAAGUUCAGGAAGAACAAAGGCACGAACGCCAAAGUCGCGAACGCUAAAGUCACCAAGCCAAAGCCGAAGCCGAAGCCGAAGCAAAAGCAAAAACAAAAGGGAAAUAAGAAGGGCCAAAAUAAAAAUUGAACAGACAGGGAUCAAGAGUAGUUAUUGAAGUUAUCUAUGAUCAGCAGAUACCGGGCGGAUGAAAGAUAUCAUGCCAGAUUUCUGUUGAAUAUGGUUAUAAUUAUGGGCAUAGGUAUUAUUGGCGUUUGUGAUUUAUGUAAUGUAUUUGAAAGUGUACAAUAAACAGAAACAGUAUAUUUUCCUACUU